AUGGACUUGAACAGAAUUAAACAGCUCUCUGGAGACUAUAAGCGAGAGAAUGGCUUGUCACUGGCUACCCGCGCGGUUCAUGCGGAUGCCAAUGUCGACAAUCACUCUGCAGUGGCUCCCGCGCUGCACACAAGCACAACAUAUCGCUUCGCAGAUGAUCCGGAUGAACUUGUUCCGUUUAAAGAUCUCGAUCCUGAGAGGGCUCUCGGGUCUCAUGCCUACGCUCGCUACGCGAGCCCCAACAUGGUUCGCUUCGAGGCUGUGUUGAUUUCCAUAUUGGGUGGACCAGCUCUCACUUAUUCGUCUGGCUUGGCGGCUUUUCAUGCAAUUCUUGUCCUUUUGAAUCCGCGUCGCUUUGCAAUUGGGGAAGGAUAUCAUGGUUGUCAUGGUAUCAUCAAAAUGGUCUCUCGAAUGACCGGCUUGGAGACGUUACCGCUCGACUGUGAUGCAUCCGAGUUACAACCUGGCGAUAUAAUUCAUGUUGAGACACCACUUAAUACGACUGGAGAGGCAAUUAAUCUACAACAUUAUGCGGACAAGGCACACAAGGCGGGGGCAUUUUUGACUGUUGAUGCUACUUUUGGGCCUCCGCCGCUCCAGAACCCAUUUGACUUUGGCGCGGAUAUUGUUCUUCACAGUGGCACCAAGUAUUUUGGAGGGCAUUCUGAUAUGUUGUGCGGUAUCUUGGCUGUGAAUCCCAAGCAUGACUUUCUUUUAAAGCUGCAUAGUGAUCGCGUCUAUCUGGGCUCAGUCGCCGGCAACAUGGAAAGCUGGCUUGGAAUGCGAUCUCUGCGGACACUUGAGCUUCGACUUCAAGAUUCAUCCGCUGCGGUGCAUCGAGUGGUUGAACAAAUGCCCAAUGGCUACGGGCCUGUUUUUUCUAUUACCCUAAAGGAUGCGACUCUAGCAAAACGACUGCCAAGCAAGCUUCGUCUUUUUCAGCACGCGACGAGUCUUGGGGGUGUUGAAAGUCUGAUAGAAUGGCGGGCUAUGACGAACACUAGCAUUGACCAGAGGCUGGUUAGACUGAGCGUUGGCGUUGAAGCGUUGGAGGAUCUGACAUGGGAUUUACAGCAGGGGCUGGAGGCUCUCAGCAAGAAGACGCUGCCGGAGAAAUAA